GGGAGCCUUGCGUGGCUGCUGUGGGGCCGCAGGUCCGGGGUGCCGCCCCUCGGGGCCCUCGGCUGGACACGGCGCGGCGUCCCGCGGGAGAGGCGGGAUGGCCAGCGGGAGAAGGGCCCGGGGAGUUAGUGUGGUGGCCACGGGAGCAUGGACGGCGGGCCUGCGGGUUUUCCUUGAGCGCCAAGCGAAGGCAUCCGUGGGAGGGCUGAGGGCUCGGCCCUUUCCCCAGGCCCCCUGCCGCACCCUCGCUAGCGGAACGCGGGGCUAACCCAGAACUCUGUGAACGCUCCUGGCUGCCUGUUGUGGCUCCCUGUGCCCUGGCAGAGCAGGCCGUGGCACCUGCAGAGUGUCUCGGCUGUUGGCUGUCUGCUUUCCACAGGCCGAGCACUGCCCCGGCCCAGCUGCGCGCCCCAGCUCUCACCUGACCCUUGGGGGUGCUGGGGGUCCCCACACACUCAGCUCCCCCCGGGGUGCCUGGCCGGCCUCCGUCCUGGAGCCCCGAUGUGAGGCACACGCGUGUCCACACACAUGUAGUUGAGCUUCCUGCUGGUUCCGCAGGAAGGUUCUGGUCUUGGUGUAUUUGCUGUGGCCACCUGGCCCCUCGUACUUGUCCCAGUUGGCUUAUUUCAAACUCUGUUUGGUUAGCUGUGGCUCCUGGUGUGAGGAAGUAACCCGGAGGCAGUUAUCUCCGCAUUUGUGUGCAGUAAGCCCUGAGCAGCCUCUGCAAUCCUGAGUAUGCUUAACUACGCCUAGAGCAGUUUGAAACAGGAAUCUUUUUCAUUUUUUUUUGUAUAAAUACUGUAUUUUAUCACUGAAAAUGAGGAUGAGCAAGGUAGAAAAGAAAAACCACCAUUAAAACCAUAAACAUGAAAAGUGUUUAAAAAGUCCAUAGAAAUGCACAAUGCAGGGAAAGUUAUAAUAUAGUGAAAUAUAUGAGUCACUUAGUGUGGUACCAUGUGAUGGUUUCAUCCAUUCCCGAAAUGAAUUCUAACAGCAAUAACAUGGACAAGUCCUAAUUAUCUGUUACUGAAAAAAUUUGGUUUGGCCACCGAACUCGUGGAGCUUAAAGAAUUGUGCGGGAUGCAGUGAGAACAGUGCAGGCAGGUGCAAGGUCGUGUGCAGGGAUGGGAGACCGACGGGGGGAGAGCAAGUGGACAGGCUUAGAUGUUAAGACCAGGUGCCGAAGAGAAGAACUGAAACCCUACUAACUUAGAACUCUGGGGUGCCGAGAGGUUUGCUUCAUGCUCUUCCUGCUUUUGAAUUUUGUGCCGUAUAAAUGCAUUAUUUACUUCAGAAAGUGAUUUUUCUAAAAAUAGAAAUAUACAGAGAAGCAGAAAUGAUGCAGAGUAUCUGUCUUAAUUGAAAGGAGCUUUCGCCACAUACUUGGAGUGAGGAGUGUGGACAGGGCAGGCCGGUCUCUAGGGCAGGGAGAAGGAUGCGCGGCAGGGGCAGGUCCCUGGGACAGGCUUCACUCACUCCGUCCGGAGAGCGCCUUCAGCAGGCUGAUGUCCGGGUCGCAUCGGGAGAUUUGUCUCUGCCUGCAGCUCCCCAGGACUGAAUAGCAGAAAUAUGGGGACAAGCUCCAAGUGAGCCACAGCUUUGGGUGUGUUAAGGAAAAGCCAUCAGACAGAUUUCAUAAACUCAAAAUGAUGCAGGAUUCCAGAGAGUGCCUGCCAGGUGAAAAGCUGGUAGAUGGGCCUUAUCUUUGAAUACUAGGAUGUUAUUUCAGUAAACUUUUUAUUUAUUUCUAUAAAGACUAUUACAUGAAUUGUUAGUACUUAUAAGUACUGAUUGAGAAACAUGUUUUAAAUACAGAGGUAAAUCUUAUUUUUAAGAGAUUUGAUUCCUGGAUAUGCUGAAAGGAAUAUUCUGACAGUCAAAGUUUUUCUCCUUAUUGUAAAUUUCACUUAGAAAACCUCAGUAUCGGAAAAAAGUCCUCCGAUUAAACAAAUACAAUUUUAAUUUCUAUCAGCUAGUUGACUUUGGUAUUGUUUGUUUCCAACAUUUCCUAUGAUGCAUAAAAGGGCAAGGUGUGUCUCCAAAACCACCGUGAUUAAGGAGUAUUUUCCGUAUUUUAGGCGUAGAAGAUGAAUAAACCCAUAGCACCGUCAACAUAUGUGCGCUGCCUCAACGUUGGACUGAUCCGAAAGCUGUCAGAUUUUAUUGAUCCUCAAGAAGGAUGGAAGAAAUUAGCUGCGUCUAUUAAAAAGCCAUCUGGGGAUGACCGAUACAAUCAGUUCCACAUCAGGAGGUUUGAAGCAUUACUUCAAGCUGGAAAAAGCCCCACUUGCGAGUUACUGUUUGACUGGGGCACGACGAACUGCACAGUUGGUGACCUUGUGGAUCUUUUGAUCCAAAAUGAGUUUUUUGCUCCCGCGAGUCUUUUGCUGCCAGAUGCUGUCCCCAAAGCUGUCAGCACACUCCCUCCUGAGACAGCUGUAACUGUGCCGCAGAAACCAGUCCCUUUCCAUGGCAAGGACAAGACGUCUGUGACCCCUGAACGGAGUCCUCCCCCCGACUCCUCAAGUGCAGCCAGUGCAAGUCUAGAAGACAGUGACACACGUUUUCACAAUUUCUCAUUUUAUGAAUUGAAGAGUAUCACCAAUAACUUUGAUGAAAGACCCGUGUCGGUUGGUGGCCACAAGAUGGGCGAGGGGGGGUUUGGCGUGGUGUACAAAGGCUGUGUGCGCGACACCCCCGUGGCCGUGAAGAAGCUUGCAGCGAUGGUUGAUAUUAGUACUGAAGAACUGAGGCAACAGUUUGAACAAGAAAUAAAAGUAAUGGCAACGUGCCAGCAUGAAAACUUGGUAGAACUGCUUGGUUUCUCAAAGGAUGGAGAUGACCUGUGCCUUGUGUAUGUCUACAUGCCCAACGGCUCGUUGCUGGACAGACUGUCCUGCGUGGAUGAUACUGCACCGCUUUCUUGGGCCACGAGAUGCAACAUCGCUCGGGGUGCUGCAAAUGGCAUCAGUUUUUUACAUGAAAACCAUCAUAUUCAUAGAGAUAUUAAAAGUGCAAAUAUCUUAUUAGAUGAAGAUUUUACUGCCAAAAUAUCUGACUUUGGGCUUGCGCGUGCGUCUGAGAAGCUUGCCCAGACGGUCAUGACCAGCAGAAUUAUGGGAACAACAGCUUACAUGGCGCCUGAGGCUUUGCGAGGAGAAAUAACAUCCAAAUCUGACAUUUACAGCUUUGGUGUGGUGUUGCUGGAAAUAAUAACUGGACUUCCAGCUGUGGAUGAACACCGUGAGCCUCAGUUAUUACUGGACAUUAAAGAGGAAAUUGAGGAUGAAGAGAAGACGAUCGAAGAUUACGUGGAUCCCAAGAUGAGUGAUGCCGAGGCGUCCUCAGUUGAAAGUAUGUUCUCCGUAGCCUGUCAGUGUCUGCAUGAGAAGAAGAACAGGAGGCCGGACAGUAAGAAGGUUCAACAGCUACUGCAAGAGAUGAUGCCCUCCUAAAACUUGACUGCAGUGGGUGCCUGGCUUCUUCAUACAGCUUUCUAAACUAGUUUUUAAACUUAAUUUUUUUUCCAAAUGUUUUUAACAAGGCAGCAGAGUGGAGUGUUGUGUGGUUAAACAGAGCUGAGCCUGCAAUGCUUAGAUUAAUUAAAGAGAGCCACUGUGUGAGCACUUAGGGCUCAGUGGACAGUGUCUGGCUCCGUUCCUACAGGCACUGCCGGACUAGCCAGGAGAGCGAAGGGCUCUGAGACGGGAGGAAUCCCGGCGGACUCCGUUCCUGCUGGCUGCUUCGAGCUUUGUUUCGGUUUGGUUUGGUUUGUUUUUACCUCUGCCUUUCCGACAUGUAAUCAUGAAAACUGAAUGAUGCAGUGAUGUAAAAUUAAAAGUUUGUAGAAACAAUAAUGAGAGCUGUUACAGUCAUACACUUACAGCUUCAUGUGCUCAAGGUGCUGUCACAGCAGUCACUACAAGCCAGAAUUCCCAGGCAGUGUUCCCAGUUUCACUUGGCUGUUGAUGGGCUGAUGUGACACGGCAAAAGUGAAGUUUUGUAGGUGCAGGCGACACCCCAGCUGACCUGGACUGGAAGGGCCAGGCCUGGUUAGGUGAGCCCUUAGCAGUCAGGUCUCAUGGGCCUUGAAGAUGGAACUAUGUCGAGAGGGCCACCUCAGCCAAAGCCUCGGGCUGCCUCUGAACCGGGCGCUGUCCUCCAGCUCCUAGGCAGGACAGAAGAGUGAAUGCCCACUGAGUGGCCCUGUAGCUGAAUCUGCUGACAGCCUGAAUGAGCGCAGCGGUGCGCUCUGAGCUUGUGCCGAUACCCAGCCCCUCAGCUCUGAGACCCUCAGGACGAGAGCCCGUCCGAGCUGUGCCCACACUCUUACAUAGCCAACUGUGAGACAAUAAACGAAUUGCACUGAACACCAAA